UUUUUUGCGCGCCAUCUCUAAUUUGCGCGCUUUUUUUUGGGUAUUAUUUAUUUUCCUAAGAUUUUAACCGAAAAAUGCCGAAUCAAGACGUGUUAAGUCAGGGAGCGAAGCAGAAAUUUGUGGAGACCGCUGCCAGAGCCAAGAAUCCACUGGAAUCUCUCAACUACCAAAGCUACAAGGCGCCCGGCGGAGAGGAAUUCAAACUGAUAUGCCGAACGAAGACGGAUGCGGAUGCCAAACUGCUGAAAUGGGCAUUUAAACUGGCCGAAACGAACGUGGGCCCCUUCUACAAACAACUGAAGAUGGGCUGGCAGCCGAAGAUCAAACAGGCCGAGCUCAACAAGAACUGGGCUCGCUAUUUGGUGGCCCAGAAUGAGAAGAAGGAGCCGGUGGCCUAUGCCAUGUUUCGCUUCGAUAUGGAUCACGGGGAUUGUGUUCUCUAUUGCUACGAAAUGCAGGUGGCCGAGGAGCACCGCAGAAAAGGCCUGGGAAAGUUCAUCAUGAGCAUUUUGGAAGACUGCGCCCGCCUUUGGCACCUGGAGAAGAUCAUGCUGACGGUGCUGAACAACAAUGAAGCCUCUCUUAGCUUCUUCAAGCAACUGGGCUACCUCAAGGACGAGAUCUCCCCUGAUGUCCUGGAGCAAGCCGACUAUCAAAUAUUCAGCAAAUCAAUGCUGAGCUGAGACUUCAGAGAAU